GCAUUGCACCUGAUGCCCAGCUGUUAAUAUUAUUAAAUCUCAGCCGGUAAAAGGGAAUUUUCAAUGGGGAGUUAUAUGAUUGUGCGUCGACUGGCAACGCAGCCCAAAUUGGCCAAUGCAGCGAAAAGAAAGUGGAAAAGUGUGGUUGGUUUGGAGGUGCACGCACAGAUAGCAAGCGCCUCAAAACUAUUCUCCGGCAGUGGCACCGGCUUCGGAGCACCUCUCAACACAGCAGUUGCCUAUUUUGACGCUUCUAUACCAGGUACCCUACCGGUUCUCAAUAGAAAAUGCGUAGAGUCUGGAAUUAAAACUGCAUUAGCACUAGGCUGUCGGGUGAACGAAGUGUCCAUGUUUGAUCGCAAGCACUACUUCUAUGCAGAUCUUCCAAAUGGAUACCAAAUUACCCAACAACGCGCUGCUCUCGCAAAUGAUGGAGUAAUAACAUUUCCAGUCAUAACACCGGGCAAGAAGAUUUAUUAUAAGUCUGUCAACUUGUUGCAAUUGCAAUUGGAACAGGACAGUGGCAAAUCGCUGCACGAUGAACAGCUGAAGAGGAGUUUAGUUGACCUGAAUCGAGCUGGGUUGCCGUUAAUGGAGUUGGUAUUUGGCCCAGAUUUAGAAACGGGCGAGGAGGCUGCAUCAUUAGUGAAAGAACUAAUGCUUAUAUUGAAACGACUCCAGACCUGUAGCUGUAAAAUGGAAGAGGGCGCACUGCGCGUAGAUGCCAAUAUAUCAGUACAUCAGGAGGGCGAUCCUUUAGGCGUGCGUACAGAGGUUAAGAACAUUGGCUCCGUUCGGAGCAUAUCCCAGGCAAUAUCUUACGAAAUAAAUCGCCAGCUGGAGCUUGUUGCCGAUGGCGGCGUUGUGACAAAUGAAACCCGUUCAUGGGAUGCGGACAAAAGACGCACCAUUGCGAUGCGUGAUAAAGAAGUGCUGCAGGAUUAUCGAUUUAUGCCGGAGCCCAAUUUGCCACCGUUACAUGUCAACCUCAAGCCGGGUUCAAGGUCAACCGAAGACCUGAUAUCAGUAGCUGCGCUAAGCGAGGAAAUACCAGAAUUGCCUGAACAUACGCGUCAACGCCUUAUGGAAUAUUACAAACUGAAUGCAGAGACAGCCAUCAUUUUGGUGAACGAGCCCAUACUGCUGGAACAUUUUGAAAGCAUUACCAAGAGUCUACCGGAUAUGCCAACCAAAGUGGUUACAAAUUUCCUUAUUAACGAUUUGCUGUCGUACUGCAACAAGCUCAGUUUGGACAUAGCAGAUUGUGCCAUCAGUGCCAACGCCUUGAGGGAUGUCUUGAAAGCGUUACACUCUGACCAAAUCAAUUUGCAAGCAGCUCGCCAACUUAUUCCCCUUUUACACACGAAUCCUACAGCCGACGUGAGCCAGUUGGUUAAAGAAAACAACUUGGAGCAGAUUUCCGACCUGAACACCAUUGAGGCCUAUUGCCGUGAGGCAAUUGCCAAUCAGCCAAAAACAGUGCAGCAAUACCAAAAGGGAAAAUCGAAAGCCCUUUAUGCCAUUGUUGGUGAAGUUGCGAAGCUCUCGGCACAAAAGGCGAAUAUGAAAGUCGUGGUUGAGUGCUUGGAGAGACUUUUAAAAAAUAAAUAAAACGCACUUAUUUAUUGUGUUACUGGA